AUGGCGAUUUCAGUAGCGACCGCUGUAGUCCCCAGAAAUGUCGCCGUAUCGUCUUCACCAUCAGUACAUUCAUCAACAAAGCUUUGCCACUUGUCCUCCCUUCAAUUACCAAAGGAGCUUCGUGCCUUAACAAUUCGAAACCAAAGGCCCGUAUCCAAGCCUGGCCCGAGAACUCUUCCUCUGGUUGAGGCCAAGAAGCAGACGUUUUCUACCUUUGAUGAUUUAUUGGAAAAUGCUGAUAAACCAGUAUUGGUUGAUUUUUAUGCCACUUGCUCAAUUGAUCAGUUUGUACCUAACUGGAUUUUUCUCUUAAAUCUCAAGAGUACUUUUCGAGCUCUGGUUUUAGUUUUGUGA